AUGAGCGAUAAGGAGGUGACUUAUUCAGCUUUGGAGUUUCCUCAGUCUUCUUCAGAGUCGCAGAAUAGACUAAGACCUGAUGGCACUCGAAGGAGUGGAAAAACUGAUGAGAAAGUGUUUUCAGUGCCCUGGCAUCUCAUUGCAGUGAUUCUUGGAACCCUCUGUUUACUUCUCUCAGUGAUGGUCAGAGUGCUGGAGGCAAAAAUUUUACAGCUUAUUCAAGAAAAGCAUCAACAGCAGGAAAUUCUAGGAAACCUCACACAAAUGUACCACGUCGUGCAAAAUGAUGACUACUUAAAGAAGCAACUCUUGGCAAAUAAGUCUUCAGAAUAUGACGCUCUCAAAAAUAAAGCCCUUCUAAUGGAAAAUGCACUGAAGUCACCCUUUUUAAAACAGAAUCGAUGCAAUGCAAAAAAAGAUACCUUCCAGAAAUCUCUGCACAAUCCAGGUAAAGUCCAUGAAGACUACUGGUCCUGUUAUGGAGUACACUGCUAUUAUUUUGUUCUGCAAAAUAAAAGCUGGACAGAAUGUAAACAAACUUGCCAAAGUUACAGUUCCUCCCUUUUGAAGAUUGACGAUGAACAUGAACAGGCAUUUGUUCAAUUUCAGAUUCAUAAAAAUAUUUAUUGGAUUGGAUUGUCAUUUAAUGAAAUGGAAAGCAAAUGGAGAUGGAUUGAUGAUGGCACAUCACCUAGAAUGAAUUUUAGAAUGAUGAGUUCGCCUCCUGCGAGAGGAAAAUGUGUGUUUUUGACCUCAACAAGAAUAGAAUAUGACGAUUGCUCUAAAACCUACAGUUGUAUCUGUAAAAAGAGAAUUAAUUGUAAUUUCUCUACUACAAAAUGCACUUAG